UUGUCACUGUUAAAAAAAGGAAAAAAAGGUAACGUGACUAAUCAUGUUACUUUUGUCAGCUGAUCUAAUCUGUAAAAGUUUUAAAUUUUUUUUGAUUUUUGAUUUUUACAGGUUAUUGCGAUCUCAGUUUUUCCCUUUGAUUUCUGUUAUGCUACUUGCCCCUACUUAAAAUCAAUUAGUCAAGCUUAAAAGAUUGGGAUAGUUACACUUAGCUAUUAGUCGAAUAUCAAUGAUACCAGCAGGGAAUAGGAGGUCAAAGAUAAGACCACCCAGGAAAUCAUUGGUGAGUUCUUCUUUGGAAUCAUCUACUACUGAUCCUACUGUUGAUUAUGAAAAAUCUUGGUCUAUACUAUCUAAUGCUAUAAUUCAAAUUCAAAAUAAAAGCGUGUCAAAUCUUUCAUAUGAACAAUUAUAUCGUAAGGCUUACAUAUUGGUAUUAAGGAAAUAUGGUGGAAAGUUAUAUGACAAUGUGGCAGCCUUAAUUACUCAUCAUUUAUUAAAUAGAAGAGAUUAUCUUGUAUCAUUAACUGAUAGUGAACAAUUCAUGAAGGCCACUCUUACAGAAUGGGAUGAACAUUUACAAUCGAUGAAAUUCAUCAGUGAUGUGUUAAUGUAUCUUAACCGAGUAUAUGUGAAAGAACAUAAGAAAUUGUUGAUCUAUGAUUUAGGAAUUCAAUUAUUUAAAGAUAAUGUUAUCAAAUAUAGUGAUGAUCAAGUAGGGAAGAAGAUUGUGGAAAUAGUUAUACUGGAAAUCACUAGAAAUAGAAAUGGAGAAGUCAUAACUACUAAUAUGUAUAUUACAAAACUUAUCAAUAUGCUUGAAUUACUUGUGGAAAGUGGUAGCGGAGAUAUUCAAUUUGGUGAGAAUUAUUAUCAAAGUUCAUUUGAACCUGCUUUCCUUGCAAGUUCAGAAACUUUCUUUUAUCGAUUAUCUUCAGAAUAUGUUAAUUAUAACUUGGGAACAAGAUAUAUUCAAUCUACUAGUAAAUUUAUUAAAGAUGAAGAAAGUAGAGUUAAUUUUUAUUUACCAGAAUCAACUUAUCCAAAAUUAAACGAAUUAAUGAAUAAUAUCAUGAUCAAAGAUAAAAUCGAUACCAUAUUGUCUUUACCAUAUGAUCAACAAGGUCUAUCAUAUUUAUUACAACCAGUAAUUACUAAUGUCAUUGAGGGAAGUAAUGAAAGAUAUCAUAUACAAGAUCUUAAAACCUUAUAUGAUUUAAUAGGAAGAAUAGAUGAAGAACAAGGUAUACUUCGUAAUAAAUUAAAACAGCAUAUUAUAGCCCAAGGGGAAGAUCUUCCAAAACAAAUUAGAAGAUCACUUGAGAAUUCAGGAGAAAAGAGACCAAAUCCAGCUACAUUUGCUAUUAAAUGGAUUGAAGCAGUAUUAAAAUAUCAUGAAGAAUUUGCUGUAAUUCAUAAAGAAUCAUUUUAUCAAGACUCAACCGUUUCCCAAGCUAUUACUUAUGCUAUGAGAGAAUUUAUUAAUGUCCCACCAAGUGCAAGGAAAGAUACUAAUGCUGUUAAUGCUCCUGAAUUAUUAUCGAUAUAUAUGGAUUAUCAUAUUAAACAAAUUGGAAAACCAUCACCAUCAAAGGAAAUCGAUGCUAUCAAUACCUCUGAUUCAAGAGAUUAUGUUGAUAUAUUUAUAGAAAAAUCGAUUCAAUUUUUAAGAUUCAUUAAAGAUAAAGAUGCAUUUGAAGCUCAUUAUGCUAAUCAUUUUGCUAAAAGAUUUCUUAGUUCUAAAUCUGGGUCUCAAGUUAUUUCAUCUAAUAAUAAGAUGGGAAUUGAUAUUGAAGAAUUAUUAUUAUCUAAAUUAGGUGAAGAAAUGGGUACAACAUCAUUGGAUAAGAUUAUAAGGAUGAAUAAAGAUAUUAAACUUUCUAAGGAUAUUACUACCGAUUGGAAGAAACUUCUUAGUCAAAGUACUAAGAAGGAAUUAAUUGAUGUUGAAUUAAAAAUCUGUAAUGUUAAUGAUUGGCCAAAAUCAAUGGUUAAAGAUUAUAAAGCGUUUACAAGUGAUGAAAAUGGUCAAACCUCAUUUAUUUGGUCAAAACAGCUUCGUCCUACCAUUCGAGAAUUUGAAGAAUUUUGGUUUAGUGGGAAGAAAAAUGAUAAUAAAUCAUUAUAUUGGAGUCCUAAAUUUGGAUCUAUAGAUUUAAGAAUAACCUAUCCUUCAAGAACUUAUGAUAUUAAUUUAUCAACUUAUGCUGGGAUUAUAAUGUUAUUAUUUGCUCCCCAAUCAACUGAUAAUUAUGGGAAUUUAGUUCUGGCAUUUGAAGAAAAUAAAGAAUUAUCGUAUGAAGAAAUUAAAGAACUUACAGGUAUAGCAGAGAUCGAUUUAAAAAGACAUUUACAAUCGAUAGCGGUAGCGCCAAGACUGAGAUUACUUAUUAAAUCUCCCAUGACCAAAGAUGUUAAUGAUAAUGAUAGAUUCAAAUUAAAUGAGAAAUUCAAAUCUCCAUCUGUUAAAGUCAAAGUAUUAACUGUUUCCGCAGCAUCAUCAGUAGCGGCUAAUGCUCAAACCAAGGUUAAGACGGAACAAGAAGAAGAGGCGGAUGAAGUGAAAGCCAAUAUUCUUGAAGGUCGUAAACUUGAAGUGAAUGCCGCUAUUGUCAGAAUUAUGAAGUCACGUCAUACUCUUAAACAUAAUGAAUUAAUAGAAGAGCUCACAAAGCAAUUAUCGAAUAGAUUCCAACCGCUGAUUCUGUUAAUUAAACAAAGAGUGGAGGAUUUAAUAGAGAAGGAAUAUUUAAAGAGAGAUGAAGAGGCUUCCAAUGUAUAUCAUUAUGUAGCAUAAAUAGAUAAGUAAGUAAGUAAGUAAGUAAGUACGGCAAGCCAUCGGCCCAUAUCUACCAAGUAAUAUAUUCUCCACAUCAUGAUGCAUCAUGUAGAACCAGUAUGCCGCUUCAGAUACAAUUAAUUUUGCAUCUAUAUAAUGACUAUUUGCGGGUUUAUGACAUGGAAUUAUUUUCGACACACACGGAAUCGAAAUCAGCAGCGGUUGUCCCAAAUAGGAAAUUAUUUUCCACUAUCAAACCAGAACAAUACAAAUCCAAAUGGAAGUGGAGGAGGAAGA